AUGGUCAACCAGCUGGUGGUGGUGCAGUCCUUCAAGUCGGUGCCCGUCCUCGACCUGGACACGGUGCUCUUCUGCCGCGAGGGCACGUCCAUCGGCCAAAUCUUCGACGUGAUCGGCCCGGUGAAGCAGCCCAACUACGUGCUGCGCUUCAACAGCCCCGAAGAGGCGGUGGUCGACUGCAAGCUGACACUCAACGCGCCCGUCUACUACGCCGAAGAGCAACAGGCGGCGGCGGCCCGGCCGGACAGCCUCACCCGCUAUAUCUGUGAUGACUUUGUAGUGAAUGAGGACAAUUACAAGUACUUCAAGCGACUGCGGCGCAUUCUGCAGAGUACCCACAAGAAGAAAAUCGCCGUACUUGCAGUUCCCAGCGAGUACGAGCCUGAAAAUGAAAAUGACAAUACUCUUAGUAGCAAGAACAAAAAGAUGAUGAAAGCUCAAUGCAAACUGAAGGCAUCCGGUCUCAGGAAUCUUGGCAACACUUGCUUCAUGAAUGCAGUAGUGCAAUCGCUCUGCAACAUUGAUCUGUUUCGGUACUACUUCACACAACUGCCCUCACUGGAGAAUAUUCCGCAGUUGCGCAAUCAAAGUCCAAAAAACAUAAUCACCAUUGAUGUUCUCGUCGCUGAGGAGCUUCGAAAGACCAUUGUUCUGCUGUUGGAGGGCACCAAGUCUGCGAUUUCGCCGUCGUCCCUGUACGGUGUCAUGUGGAAGAUUGUGCCUCGAUUUCGCGGCUACCACCAACAGGACGCUCACGAGUUUCUCCGGUACAUGCUCGACCGUCUGGCCACCGAGCUGGUGGCCAUCUGUCCGACCAGCAAUGGCAAUGGAAGUAUCAUCAACGGUGGUGGCGGUGGCUUCAGCAGCCUCUCGCCGAGCCGGGCGGCCAAGGUGAUGAACGGCAUGAACGCCAACAUGGUCCACCGGAUCUUCGGCGGCACGCUGCAGAAUGAGGUGCGCUGUCUCAUCUGCGGCACUGAGUCCAUCAAGCUGGAUCCCUUCUUUGACUUGUCACUGGAUAUUCCACAACGGUACUGUCAGGAGGGAGCUGUUCCAACGUCGCUUGACGUGUGCCAGCUGACUGAGUGUCUAAACAAGUUCACCGAGCUGGAAGAGCUGGCGGAGACUGAACUCUACAACUGCCCGAACUGCAAGCAGAAGCAAAAGUCCACCAAGAAGUUCUGGAUUCGUCGGCUUCCCAAUGUGCUCUGUCUUCACCUGAAGCGCUUCAAGUACACCAACACGUACCGCAGCAAGCUGGACAUGCACGUGGAGUUUCCCAUCAAGGACCUCGACAUGAGCAACUUUAUACUGAAUAAUAUGCACGAAACCCGCAACUCCAACUGCGGCAACUCCAAGUCGACGCUGUACGACCUGGCGGCAGUGAUCGUCCACCACGGCAACGGCAUCGCCUCCGGCCACUACACCUCCUAUGCGACGCACGACAACUGCUGGCACCACUUCAACGACUCCACGGUGACCGCCUGCAGCGAGGACACCGUCCAGAAGAGUCACGCCUACAUUCUCUUCUACAUUCGCAGAGAGGAGGUGGCCAUUUAG